AUGCCUAUUCAAAGAGUAAUUGAAAUCCCAAAGAGAAAAAAGGAGGAUAACAACCAAUCCACAAAAAAGAAUACAGCUGCUGAUGCUGCUGCUGCAGAGAAGGGUUCAAAUACAUCGAUAUUAACAAAGGAAGAAGAGCAAUUGUUGGCAUCAUUAACACAAGAGCAACGUGUCAAACAAUCCGAUGAAUAUAAAACUAAAGCCAACAAGUAUUUUGGAGAACAAAAACAUGAUUUAGCAAUUGAUGAAUAUACCAAAGCUAUUGCAUUUAAUCCAACUGCCAUCUUAUACUCGAAUAGAUCGUUUAGUUAUUUCAAGAAAGAGUUUUUCGUUUUAGCAUUGGAAGAUGCUCUCAAGGCAACUCAACUAGACCCAAUGUAUGUCAAGGGUUACUAUCGUCUUGGACAAGCCAACAUGGCACUUGGCAACUAUGACGAUGCCAAAGCAAACUUUGCAACUGUCGUCAAAAAGUUCCCCACCGAUGCUGAAGGCAAACAAAAAUUAAAAAUGGUUACUACUCUCAUUAAAAAGAAGGCUUUUGAAGAAGCUAUUCAAUGUUCAAAUGAAAGUCCAUAUUUAUCUUUGGAUAUUGAUUCAAUGGCUGUUGAAAGUAGUUAUCAAGGACCACAUUUUGAAGGUGAAGAAAUAACUUUAGAAUUUAUUAAAGAAAUGAUUGGAUAUAUGAAAUCACAAAAAUUAUUACAUAAAAAAUAUGUUAUGAAGAUUUUAAAGAAAUCUUAUGAAUUAUUCACAAAAUUACCAACAUUGGUUGACAUUGACAAGGAAACAUCAAAGAAAAUUACAAUUUGUGGUGAUACUCAUGGACAAUUCUAUGAUUUGCUUCAUAUUUUCGAAUUGAAUGGAUUCCCAUCAGAAGACAAGCCAUACUUGUUCAAUGGUGAUUUUGUCGAUCGUGGUUCAUGGAGUUUUGAAGUUAUUAUCACAUUGCUUUCAUUCAAGCUUCUCUAUCCAAAUCACAUGCAUCUUACUCGUGGUAACCACGAAUCCAUUGAAAUGAAUCGUUUCUAUGGUUUCACUGGUGAAGUAUUGCACAAGUACAGUGAAAAGGUACACGAUCUCUUUACUGAUCUAUUUGUCUGGUUCCCACUCGCAUUUGUUCUCGACAAUGAUUAUUUGGUGGUUCAUGGAGGUUUGUUUGGAAAGGAUGGUGUCACUUUGGAUGACAUUAGAAAACUUAAUCGUGCUCAACCAGAUAGUACUGAAAAUGAAUUGGUACAAUGUUUAUUAUGGAGUGAUCCACAAACAAAUAAUGGUAUUGCUCCAUCAUCAAGAGGAGUUGGUGUUUAUUUCGGACCAGAUGUUACUAGAAAAUUCUUGAAACAAAAUAAUCUUUGCGGUGUCAUUAGAAGCCAUGAAGUCAAGGCUGAUGGUUACCAAGUCGAUGAUGAGGGAUCGGUCAUUACCAUUUUCUCUGCUCCAAAUUAUUGCGAUCAAUCAGGUAAUCUUGGUGCAUUCAUCAAUUUUACCGAUAGCACUGUCAAGUUUACCACCUUUUCAGAGGUUGAUCAUCCAAACCUUCCACCAAUGUUUUAUCAAAAGAACUAA